AAAAAACUCAGAAAACGCGUCGUCGCACGAUAGAGACGAAGAAGAACAACAUUAUUAUGCUUCCUCAAAAGUAGAUCCGGAUCCUACUUCCCAUCGGAAUAUUUAAGCUCCGGGUUCUUUUAAUGGCGGCAAGGAGAAAUGUGCGGUAUGAUGAGCUUCCUAGAGAUGAUGAUGAAGACUAUGCAGGUGGUGGGAGGAGAGGUUUUGAUCCUCGGUUUGAUUAUACACCGAAAGCGUUUGAUAGAGUGCCAUGGAAAUCGAUAGGACUAGCUGUGUUUCUUUUGUUUCUUGGUUGUUUGCUUCUUCUUUUGACGGUUUUCAUCUUCACUGGUCACAUGGAAGGAGAUAGUUCUCAGGGUUAUGCUCUUCUUGUCCUUGGCAUCCUUACUUUCCUCCCUGGGUUCUACGAGACACGGAUAGCUUACUAUUCAUGGAGAGGAGCUGAAGGGUACCGUUUCGCAGCCAUUCCCUCUUACUGAAGUUUCCAAGUAGCUCAAUAUCUGUGCAUAAAAAAGUUAUUGUAGUAGUUUUUCUCUUUCUUUUGUUUAUUUCUGAGCAAGUCCCAUUAUUACACAAGUGUAAUCCAAAGAACCAAUAUAGGCUUUUGAGCUGUUUAAACAUUAAAAGCUUGGAUUGUAGAGAGAUACUACAUAGAUUGUUGUGUUCUGUUAUGUAACCAGUUUUGGUUUUCCGACAAAGAACAGGACAUCAAGUUUGCAACAGAUGUCACCACGAUUAACUUGAAAUGAAUGACAAUCUAUUAUAUUAAAAGAGAA